UGCGUCACCUGCUGUCGUGGCAGCGCGAUCUGAGCCAUGAUGGAGCAGCUGAGGGCCCCCGAGGGACGCGAUCGACUGCGACGGGCAGCUUGACGAAAUUAGGGGAUUGUGAUGCAACGCUCUGCUUUGGCGCUUGGUGGGGUGUGCCUGUUGCGUUCCAGAGGGCGGCAGUUGCGGGAGCCGUGGUUGGACGAGGUGGUUGUCGAAGUGCUACAAAGGCGGGCACGGCGGAAUCGAGACGAAACAGGCGCGCUCGAGGUACAAGGUGCUGGCGGGAUUACUACGGCGUAUAUGGUGGGUAGUGGGCCCAGCUUGCAGUUGGGCGAGGGCGCGCAAGAACAGGGUCGGUGGAGUGAAAGCCAGUACACCCACGGCAAGAUUAAGGAAUGACGGGAAAUGAACGGACAGGUACCGCCAUCGACUGACAACGUGCGGCGGCCGCUGUCGAGUGCGACUUGGGUUCCAAAGCGGAGGGAGGGAGGGGAGAGGCGCGUGGGGAGGACGGCGGUGAUGCGAGCAGCAGGCGGCCAGAGGUG